CGCGCGAUUCAGUCAGUUUCAGGAACUCGAUGAGUAGACAUCGAUGUAACGCGUUGUCGUCGUUGUUUCCAUCUGAAAAGAAGAAAACCAUCAUCAACAUCAGCAGCAGAUUUUCUACCCCGAAAAACGGAGCAAUCCGCAAGACGUGCACGAGAGACGGCGGGAGUGAACGAGAAGGGGCGAUUUUUACGGUGCCGCUCUUCUCAAGUAAAACACUGAGCCAAAACGAAAAGGAAGAGUUUGAGUGAAGGGGAAGAAAAAGUACAGGAAGAAGUUCUUUUCCCAUAAAGUGUCUCUUUCGCCGAAAAAAAAGUGUGGAAAAGUGCUGAAAUUUAAGCCGAAAUCUGGAAAAAAGUGAUUGCAUAAUACUAAUCGUUACGAAUCAGAAUUGUUAAGUGUGUUAAAUCUACUACCAGCAAGUUGAAAAGGAAAAUUACGAUAAAAAUCUAUACCCGCCAAAAAGUGUGUGUGAAUUUCAUAUAAAAGGAGUAAAAGGUAAUUUCCGCUCAGCGGCGAGAAAAAUCAGUGAAAAAUUUCAUCUUCAUUGUCCAAGUUUCGAAAGUUGUUAAGUUUAAAUUCCGGGCGUUCUUCGUGUUCGUCGAGGUUUUUUGUAAUAAAUGCUCUUGUAAAUAGUUUCCCCCAUGUGAAUUAUGUUUUAAAGUCGUUUAGUGACUUGUCCAUGUUUGGCUGUUAGCGGAAGGAGCCCCAGCCCCAGAGAAAAGCUCACCCUAUCCUGUGGACGGAUCCUGAAUUUCCGCUGGGAAGAGAAGAGCGUGAACCCAAUCCCAGAGCCCUGCCUCCCCCCUUUCGAAAGGGGGAUGGGAUCCGGAGUUUUGAGGUCUACGGUAGACCACUCUGUGUUCCGUGGCAUGAUCGGGUUCCGGAGGGGAAGAAGUGUCCGUUUCGUGUGAACAAGUGCUAAACGGAGGCCCGGAAGUGUCUUCUGGGGGUGAAAGUUGGAGUUUUUCCCUCGGAAAAGGAAUAGGAAAGGAGAGCGGUGCAGAAUGUGCAGAAUGUCCGGAUUCUCGACGUAAUCCGGAAUACGCGAUUUGAUCCCUUUGUUUGCAAGAGAUCGUUCUCCGGAACUUCUCUUCCAGUCUCGAUUUCCCUCGAAUAGAGUGCCGUAUCGCAAAGUGUUUUGUCUAAUAUCCAAGUGCAAGUGUGCAAUUAUCUACGUUUCGGGGGGCCAACCGUCGUCCGGAAGUAUGUAACAGUCUGGCCAGACAUCGCCGUGCGUGUGGCCGUUUUCUGGUAAUCUCUCGUAGUCGUCCGCAGAUCCUGAUCAAGGUCCCAAUCCUUGGUCAGACUCCGGUCCGGUCGAGUCGGGUUCUUUCUGGUUUCGCGCCUCCCGUUACCGGUGAUCGUGACCGAUCUCGAUCGAAGAAGAAAUCGUGGCCCCUGUCAGUGAGAAUCCCGGGUAAGUGUGUUGUCCUCGGUUCUUCCCAGUUCCCGUUCAGUGUUCAAUUGUAAAAUGCAGCAGUGGCAGCGGUUCUAAAGCUCGGGGAGCUCGGGAGAUAAGUGCGACAGAAAAAGGAGAAUAUUUUGGGGGGGAAAUUUCGUCGAGCGCGCUUAACGGGUUGACGGGCCCCCAGACCGGAAAAAGUCGCCUCCAUGAAGCACCUGAGGCACAAUGGUACGCGAGACUCGACAUCUUUGGGUUGGAAACUUGCCCGAAACGGUACGAGAGGACAGGAUACGAGAGCACUUUAAAAGAUAUGGCAGAGUUCAAAGUGUUAGAAUUAUCACCUCUCAGGCGUACAAUCCCACCUCCCUCUCGUCGUCAGCUGCUGAAUCAGCAUCGUCCAAGGAUCAGCAACUUCUUCACGGCGACGGAAGCAACACUUUCAACGGACCUAACCUGCUCGACGUUGACGGCUCUGGAGGAAGUGCUUCAGCUGUUGCGGCAUCCUCCUCUACUUCCUGUACGUCUUCAUCGUCCUUUGCUCCUGUGUCCUCUUCUGCUUCUUCUAGUACGCCAUUGUCGACAUCUGCUGCAGGAUCAGCAGUCGACUUCAAUACUAUCAAUAGCACUAGUAGUAGUAACAAUAGUGGUAGUCAUAAGAACAUUCCUCCUAGCUUACUGGGCAGCGGCGGUGGAAAUGGGCUGGUCAUCAGCGUUUGUGCGACGAUCGCCUUCAUGGACAUCCGGUCUGCGUCGAAGGCGCACACUGCCGAACAUAAGUUCGACGAUCGCAUACUGACCACAGAAUACUACGAACCAUCGCUGCUGACGAUGCCCCCAACUGUGGCCCCAUCGACCUUGAGCGGCGGCAGCGUCAAUAAUUGUAGUACAACGACUCCUGGUGAUAGUAAUUGUAAUAGCGCAUCUAGUACUACAAUGCCAAAACAUGGCAGUGGUACCAACGACGGUAGCAAUAGUGCGAACAGCGCCGGAAACAGUAUUCAGUAUCCUUGUCCACCGUCGUCCGGUGCAGGCUUCCAUCCGGGAUCGGCUACCGGCAGUUGUCCCAACAGUAGUAUUAGUAAAUGUGAACCCUCGGGGAGUAAACUGCUAGGGCUUAGCGAUGAACACGGCUCGUUCUACGAGUGUAGCAAUGGCAAUAGUACUAGUAGUAGUGGCAGCAGUAGUAGUAGACCGGCCAGCUUCAACCGCUUGCAGGGUAGCAGCGACGAACACGGACGCCGGAUGUCCUCCUCCUGCGGAUCAGGUGCUGGCGGCUAUUCUAGGGAUCUUUUAGAGGGCGGCGUGGGUUGCGGAAGUGUUGUAGCCAGCGGCCGCGGUCGUCAACGGGAUCGGCAGCACUACCGCAACGGGCCAUAUGCUACGACGACGUUGGCGGAUAGAUCGAACCCAAUCAGUCAUCAUCGCUUAUCGUCCAGUAGCUGGUACAACAGCGCAAACAACAGCAAUACCGGAAGCGGCGAUAACCUAUCGAUCUCGCACCAACAGCAGCAACAGCCCACAGGUCUGAGUCCGGCUCCACUGACACCGACUCGCAGCGUCUACAGCGCAGUCGUUCAACCGGACCACCCGAAUAAGCAGUCGACGUCAACCGCCGCCACCAAUCCGCAAGCGGCGACGUCCAGUAGUGCUGUGCCGACCCACAACAAUCCCAUCACCAACAACAACAGCUAUGAUCAGAGCUUCUUGGUAAAGAAGAAGCACAGCUCGCGCUCAUCAGAUUCGGGAUCGCCGCAGCCUCAGCAGCAACCAUCGACGCACUACCACCAUCAUCAGCACCUGCAGCACCACUCAUCGCGGAACACUUCGCCGAUCUCAUCGACCCAUCACCCCGCUCAUCACCACCAUCAUCAUCCGAGCGGUGGUCACUUGCAUAACCACAUCGGACAUUCCUCGCAGCAACAGACGCACAACAGCCGAAGCGAUCGGUCCAAUUCGAGGUCCCGAUCGCGAUCGCCCAGUAGCUCCUGCUCGUCAACCCACAGUACAACCACCAGUCAGUCGAACGAGACUUGCUCGACGACACGUAGUCCAGCUAUCUUAGCCCAAGGCGUAACCCUCAACAGUGGUGGUCCAUUGUUCGGUAGUUGUCGAGAAGGACGUUCCGAUCGACUAGACCGUGAUCCGGCUGCACGUGGAGGUUUACAGUCGGCUGUAACUGUUAGCAACAACAAUGGUGGAGGUAGUUCAGGCGCCAGCACUAGCAGUGGUUCCGGCGGCGGUAGCCUAAACUGUCACUCAGAUGACAAUCGACCACUGGCGAUUUGCGUUCGUAAUCUACCCGCCCGUUCUUCCGACACUUCGCUGAAAGAUGGCUUAUUCCACGAGUACAAGAAACACGGCAAAGUGACGUGGGUGAAGGUCGUCGGCCAGAGUACCGAUCGUUAUGCGCUUGUUUGCUUCAAAAAGCCUGAGGAUGUUGAGAAGGCUUUGGAGGUGUCCCACGAUAAGCUGUUUUUCGGCUGCAAGAUUGAAGUAGCACCCUACCAGGGAUACGACGUUGACGAUAACGAGUUUCGACCGUACGAGGCGGAGCUGGACGAGUACCAUCCCAAGUCCACCCGAACUCUGUUUAUCGGAAACCUCGAGAAGGAUAUCACGGCCAGUGAGCUGCGAAAGCAUUUCGACUGUUUCGGUGAAAUCAUAGAGAUCGACAUCAAGAAGCAAGGUGUUAGUGCGUAUGCGUUUUGCCAAUAUUCGGACAUUAUCAGUGUAGUGAAAGCCAUGCGUAAAAUGGACGGUGAACAUUUGGGCAGCAAUCGAAUCAAGCUCGGGUUUGGUAAGUCGAUGCCCACAAAUUGUGUAUGGAUUGAUGGUAUUGCGGACGCCGUUGGUGAAGGCUAUCUAAGAUCUCAGUUUGAUCGAUUCGGCGCCGUUUCCCAAGUGACAAUCGAUCGUGAACGAAAACUAGCGUUAGUGUUUUUUGAGCAAGUUCAAUGUGCGCAAACUGCGGUAAAAGAAAUGCGUGGCGCGACGCUUCGAGGGCGUAAACUGCAAGUGGAUUUCGCUUCGCGCGAGUGUCAGGAUGCAUUUUUCGACAAAUUAGACAAACAAUCAUGUGCGUCGUUUGGUUCUCCGCGGUUCGAAUCGGGUGCGGGCGGCCGUUUCAGUGGAAAUCGUUUCUUGGAGAACUCCGGUCGAAGCAGAGCGACAUCAUUCAGCCGACCCGGAAAUCCUCUGAGUCACAGCGGAGCGGUAUCCCCUCGGCUUGAUCCGUCACCGGUUUCAUCGAGUCGCGGUGGCGGUUCCUCAAGUUCACGAUCUCGCAUCGUUCGGUAUUCGAACGAUGAGUACUACCCGGAUGCUACGAAUGCUCACGGAAGUGGUAGCGAACGGCGGUUCCGUAACUACGACGAAUACAGCCAAGGGUCGGCUGCCAGUUCGCACGAGGAUGUCUACGAGCACGAUGGUUACAGUGGCAGUCACGUGAGGAGUAGUGCUCACGAUCGGCUACAACCAUCGUCUACGUCGGACUCACCACCCCCAACCGUGACAUCCAGCGGUCUAUCCUCGUCGAUACAGUCUCGGCUGGGAGACGUAGAACCGACCGUUGGACUUAGUAGGAAGCGAAGCGAGAAAAGUCCAGGUGAUAUACGAUAUUUACAAAAAGAAAGAGUACAUAUUUUAGAACAAUUAGAAGAAUGCCCGUCCAGUGGUGAUGAGUUAGUGAGCCCAAAGAAACGUAUCAAAUACAACCCAGAUGCUCACCUUGUCAGUGACCCAUCUGAUCAUCAUCAUCCCCAUUAUUCUUCUACGGUGGCCAAUUCGGCGGCAGCGGCAAGUGAUUCGACGAGUGGUUUGUGCGGUGAUCCGGUGAUGUCAUCCUCGUCCGGCCGGGGCGGAGGCGUCAGCAGCGGCGAACAUCAUCAUUACAAUAGCAGUAGUAACAAUAGUAACCAUUACAACAAUCACCACCAUCACCACCACCACAACAGUGCGGACAGUGGUGGCCUGCAGUCUGGAUUCUCCACUUCUUCCUCGACAUCGCACCACCGAAAGUGUGUUGAAGUUCGGCGGCUCUCGGACUGCAACCUGCAGCAAUCAAAAUCGUUAUCAAGCCAAUCAACGCCUUCAUCUAUGCAUAGUAACAAUAAUAGCAGAAGACCGUCCACUGACAACGCGUCAUUGCAUCAAAGACAUGGUAGCAGUAGCAGUAAUAGUUCUUCCAGUUUACAACAAUCACACCUAGAUAGCGGACACCUCUAUUCCCAUUCGUUAAACAAGCGGCGGAAAACGAUCCUCAACAGUGACAACAGUAUGACUGUCAUAGCGAGUGCAGGAUCAACAUCGGUGUCGUCUAACGAGCACCAUCAUUCGUCGCGUGGCCGAGGUCACCAGCUACACUCGUUACAUUCGCACGAAGCAAGUGGAGGUGAAAGCGCCGAUGGUUCGAGACCCGGAACACCACUCUGCGAUGAACGGCCAGAAAACCUCCCACCAAGCGAGCCCAGACGAAUACCCACGAGUCGGUCGUACAAUCAGGAACCGCUAAGUUUACCACUACCACGGUUUGCGAUACAGUUCCUGCAGCAGUACCGAAGUCAGGCUUCGUCGUCGGUACCUGCAAUUUCAUCACAUUCAUCAUCCAAUGUUGCUCUGCCAAGCUCUUCGCUGCAUCAGUCAACAUCAUCAUCGUCGUCGUCGAACUCUGCAGCUGCACCGUUCUCAAACGUCACAGCCGCAUCGUCGUCGACUUCUACGUUAUCAACGCAACAGCAAAGCGCUCUAAGUUCUUUGCAUGCCGCUUCGUCCAGUGGUGCUAUUAGUGGUCCUUCACUCUCGUCUAAUUCUAGUCUAUUAACCAACGCUCUGUCGAGUCCACCGCCAACGAAUCCAUCUAAGCUAUCCCUGCUGAUACCACCGAAUAUUGGUUCGAGCAGUAGUUCCACUACUGGGAACACUCCUGCUAGUGCCGGCACGUCGAACAGCAUGGAACAUGUCAACCAAGCACCAGCCAGUCCACUACGCGCCCCUUCCGUUAGUUCAAAUUCCAGUGACUCCGAAGGUGGCCCAUCGACCUCGCCAACGCUGGAGGAACGAAUCAACCGACUCGAUGAAAUGUAUGAAAAAUGGUCAGGCAAUAGCCAAACGCGGAUAAUCAACGCCCUAGGUGAACAUCAUUUUAACGAUCGACACCACAACCAUCAUCAUUUGUACCACCACAAUCAUGCCAGUACGACCGGAGGCAGCCUGAAUCAGUCGCCGCUCUCCAACGUUUCUUCCUCAUCGACGUCCUCGUUCCGGCACAAAUUCCUAGAGCUUGAUGUGCAUGAAGUACCUCCGUCUGACAUAGUAAAAUCAGUACUGUCGCGUAAGUCGAUAUUUGAUGAAGAUCUCAAACGGUUGGAAAACAUAAGCGACAAGUAUGAACCCGGCAUGUUCACGGGCUACACGAAAAACCCUGCGAGUUUCAACACCGUCAGUGCAAACAGCUCAGCCGCUGCAUCGCCGGUGAACACAAUCCUUGCAUCGCAAUCUCCGCUGCAUGCACUCAAAGCUCAAACACCGCCAGCCCCUAGCCUGCAACGACUUGGCAGUUGUAGUACAUCCGGAUCUCCAAUGAACAGUCCUCAGCCAUACAAUAGUCCAAAUCCGUCUGUAAAAUCUGGUCUGCAGUAUCCGUUCCCAAGUCAUCCACCGUCAAUGCCAUCGGUAGCUGUUCCUAGUUCUACAUCCUUGACAGCGUCUGUGACGCUUUCCAUAGCCAGUACGGUCACCUCUGUUGCCGGCAGUACUAAUAGCGGAACGAUAUUGGCUUCUGCAACCACAAGCAGCGGUUCGCUUUCUGCAUCAGCUUCCUCUUCUCCUACGCAUAGCACAGCAUCGUCCACUCCUGGAUCGUGUGCAACACCAAGCAGCUUACCUAGCACUGCGACGAUAAAUACAUCUAGCUCAACGGUAUCAUCCUUGAGCUGCAGCAGUUUGGCUACCCUAGCAAAUAAACCAAAGACCAAUAUUUUAAAUAAAAGUAUUAGUUUAACGGAAAAAUCAAGUACAAAUAUUAGUAGUAACAACAAUAAUAAUUUAACGAGUAACAGUAGUAAUCUAGCGAGUACUAGCGGUAGCAGUAAUACUAGCGUAAACGAAUCAUCUGCAUUGGUAGCAAGUACUACAGCCACUGCAACGACAACGAGCAUACCAACACCGAAAGUAUCCUCAGUCAUUUCUUCUUCUUCUUCUUCGUCAUCGUCAACCGAGACAGUCGCAUCGUCAACUACUGUCAUUGCUUCCUCAACGGAAAGCAGCGCAACAGAAGCUUCAACAAGUGCUUCUACCUCUUCCAACACCUCCAAGAACUCUACAGUAACGGCAGCUCCACCUGGUAGUACAAAUUCCGGUACAGUUAGAUCCAACAGUAUGUCGCAAUUAUCAACGAGCACUUCCACAGAUGGAGUCCAGCAGCAUUCCAAUAGUUCUAACACUAACUCUGGUAUCGAUAACAGUAGCAAUAGUGGCAAUGAAAAAGAGGAAAAACCCAAUAACAAUAACUCCGGUAGCAAACACCACAAAGACCGGCGAAAACUUUCGACGGCUUCGUCCUGCUCGACUAGUUCAACGGGAUCGAGCACGCCCACUGCCUCCUCUAAUGUUCCUUUGCCACCUGAGCCGAAGACAGGUGCUGCAUCGUCUACUGAUGACGAUCAAUCUCAACAUCAGAUCAGUGGGAAGCAUAACAAAUCUAUCAAGUCAAAUAAUCAUCACGGUCAUGGCCAUGGCCACGGUCACGGUCAUAGACAUUCUAGUGACAGUAGUAGCUCUAGCAGCUCAACAUCCACUAAGAACCACAACAAGAGUGGAACCGAUGAUCUGAAUGAAUUUGAUAGGCUUAAGCGAGAGGUACCAGUGAACACAAUCAACUCGCGAAACAAUUCGUCCAACCGCAAGGAGAAGGAGCGUCAAGAACGUGAAGAGAAGGAACGCAAGCUGGAAGAAGAAAGGAUACAAAAGGAAAAAGAGGAAAUGCGCCGUGCUCAAGAGCUGAAAGAGAAGGAACUAGAAGAACAACGACGAAAGGAGAAAGAACUAGAAGAACAACGCCGGAAAGAAAAGGAACUAGAAGACCAACGACGCAAAGAGAAGGAACUGGAGGAACAAAGGAGAAAAGAAAGAGAAGAAGCUGAACGCAGAGAACGAGAGGAACAUGAACGGCAACUUCAACGGGAGCAGGAACUAGAAAAAGAGCGACAGCUGCAAGUUGAGCGUGAAGAGCGAGAAAAGGCAGAACGUGAAAAGUGGCAGAAGCAGGAAGAAGCCAGAAUGGCCAAGGAAUCACUCAAGAAUGAAUUCGAGUCAUGUGACAGCUUCACAAAUGAUCACGGUUCUGAUCGAAUUGAUCGAGUGAAUUCCACUGACAGCAAUUCGCCCUCGCAGGCUACUUCGAAGCGACGACACAGUUCCCAAGACAGCAAUGAUUCUCCAGCCGAAGACGCUAACGCAAUGAAGAAGCAUAAACAUAAUAACAUUGGCGAGCGUCGCGAUUCCGGAAAAGACGGUAAACGUGAGAAGCAUCAUAAGAGUCAUAACCGAAGCGAUAAGUCAUCUAAAUCUUCUUCAGGCUCAUCAACUUCUUCAGACAAAGUUCAUUCGCAUGUAAAUGCCCUAUGCAGUGUGGGUAAACACGACAACCAUGACGAGAAGCAGCAAUUCCUACUAGAAGAACGUCGCAAAGAAAUUUCAUUCUCUACUGAUGGCGAUUCCAUGCAGUUAAGUCACCAUCCCAAGAAGAAGGACCGUUAUCAUGAGAAGCACAAGUCCAAGAAAGAUCGGGAUGCUUCUAGGGAUAAAGAAAACACACAGAACGCUAAUUUCCCUAUGGAUUACAUCGACCACCGUUCCACCAGUGACGAAGAUGAACAUGCUCGUCUUCAGCACAGAAAAGAGCGUAAAAGUUCCAAAGAUUACAGUCGACGAUUUCAUGGUGAAAGUGGCGAGGAGUAUAAGAAGUAUGACAGAAAGCUCAGUCGUGCCGAAUCUUCCGCUGACGAAGAAGGCAGAAGGAAAAAGAAUCAAACUAGCAAUAUCCGUACAAAAACAACCAACAGCUCAGAUACGGAUGAUUCGGAUGAACCUAAGAAGCAUUCUAUCUUCGAUAUUCCGGAUGAUGGACCCAAUAUUUCAAUGUACGACAAAGUGAAAGCUCGGUCAUGCAAGAACAUGCAGCGACAAGAAGAAGAGAAGAAGAUCAAGGCCAAAUUCUCAAAGCUGAAGCAGAGUCGAGCUAAGCGCGAGGGCAAGAAUCGGUCGAAGAGUUGGGAUGAAGAUUCUGAUACCGAUGGUAUGAACUCCGAUACAACCAUCAACAGUAAGUACAAUCAUAAGGAUCAUCUGAACAAGAGUGGUACAAUUACUACAUCGGAGGACGAUGAUCAUCUGCCAUCAACGCCCAGAAUGAGACGACCGAAAGAACCACUUGCUACCGAUUCGGAAGAGGAGUCCAACCGUAUUCGUUCUAACCGAGAUAGGUUGAAUGAUCUUUGUGAUGACGAAAGCUCAGACGGAGAUCACGCAAGUAAACGACCACCUCGCACGCCUCGUCGGCAUUCUGAUGAGAAGAAAAUGUCAAGAAAGAACUCGACCAGAAUACACUCGGAAACUGAUUCAGAUGGCCAUCACUCUGUCGUGAGAAAAACACCAACUACACCAAAUUGUGAAAGCAAGCCUGAACCCUCAGAUGUCCAAAUGGAUCACAUCACCAUCAAGCAGGAAAUGAAGAGCGAAGAAGAUACUCAGGAGGGAGUCAGCAAAGUAGAAAUCAAGAUGGAGACUAGAGUUCAACCUCCAUCUGCACUAGUGACAAGUGAUGUAUCCGAAGAUGAAGACGUUUCUAAACCCAUCAUCAAAUCGGAACUCAUCCCAAGCACUAUGAUCAAGAGAGAACCAAUUGAUGAAGGAUUCAACGUCGUGAAGAAUCGCUACGCCGAUGUGUCAUCUGAAGGUGAGCCGAACAUGAUAACGGUGGCCAACGCGGAAAUAGAGAAUACAGUAAACAGCGCAGUUGACCAGUUGAUGUACGGACAUUCAGAAGGAAAGAAACGACACAAGAAAAAACAGAAGCGUCACAAGAAUGUCGAAGGAUCGGAAACAGAUGUGAAGAGCGAAAAGGAACAUUCACCACAUGACGACGCUUGUUCGGCGAACUCUAUGUUUGAUGAGCUGAAGAAAUCGUCCGACGAUCAGAUUUAUGUCAGUUCGAAGAAAAGGCAUGGUGGUAAGAAGGAAAAGAGGCGAGAACGUUCUAAAGAGGAUCAUGAAAAGUCUGGCAAAUCCAAGAAGUCGAAGAAUAAGCAUAAGGACUCGAACAAGAUAUCAGACGCCAUGACGACAAAUGUGAAGCGAGAAGAGAAGAUAGAAGACAUCUUCGGUCCCAUAUCUGAUGAAGAAUCUCAACAUUCGUCUGUGGAAACCGAAGUGUCAGUAAAACAAGAGCCAAGUGAUGUGAAAACUGAAGAUACCGCUAAACUAGAAGAACUGUCUAACGAAUGUGAGCAAACCGAGAGGGAGAAAAAUAAGGAGGAAUCUAGGAAGAAAAAAGAGAAGAAGCGUCGUGAACGUGAAAAGCUUCGAGCGACGAUUACUAUGAAAGAGGAAGAAAAUAGUGUGGAUAUGGAUGAAGCGGGUCGCGCUCUUGAAGCCCAACUCAUGAGUGAUUCUGACCAGAAGGCUGAAGAUGCUUCACCGACGUCAACUGUAACUACUAGCGGAAAACGUUCUUCCGUUGACGUGAUGGAUGUAUUCCGAUUCACUGACGGAGAUGACAGCAUGGAAACAUCGUUCACCGAAAAGAAAGAGUCCGAACAUGGUCGCAAAGAAAAGAAAAAGAAAAAGAAGAGAGGUAAAGAUGAGAAGCACAAACAUCAUCAUGGUAGCAAUAAUCAUACUAAUCCUCCAACAACUACUCCGAUUACUCCGACAGCGAAUAAGUUAUCCUUGGACAUCAUAUCAGCCCAACAAGAGGAUAAUAAACAUAGCAUCAGUAAACCUUCUCCGAGCUUACCAUGUUUGCUUGACGAGAGUCCGCCGGCUUCGAACAGCAGCCAACCCACUCAAUCAAUGUACGCAUCUACGCCAUCUAGGCAGCUUCUGUCACCAACUCCAACGGUUCACGAAAUGGCUAGUUCUACACCGACCAAAGAUGAAAUCGAGUCGGCGCCAACCAGUGUCAAAGAAGAAAGCGCACAAUCUAAGCCUGUUGAUUCGUCGCAGGCGAAACGAAAACCUGAUAAAUUGAUUCCCGGAUUUGGCACUGACAUCGAUGAACAAUUGCAUGAAAAGGCCGUUCUAUCCAUUUCCGGCGAGUUUAUUACUGAAAAGGUUAAUAAAAAAGAAGCUAAGAGUACGGAUCCUGUCGAUUCUCUGAAGAAUAAAUCGGAAGAGGUGAAACUAGAAGAAAAGUCGAGAGUAGUGAUCUCACAAGAAGAAACCGAAGAUGCAGUUGCUGCCCUUCUUGGUGAGAGUUUCGGAACAUCGAACACUCAAGACUUCUCAAUCGACUAUUCCGAAGAUCCGGUUGAGGAAUCUUCUUCACAGUUAGCUUCCGAUUCUCAACAAAUCCCCGAGGAAGACAAUGAAGAAAUCAAGAAAGCUAUUCUUAGCUUGAACACUGAAGGGCUUGACAUGAAACCUGAUACACCGACAUCUGAGCACGAUUUGCAAAUAGAUACGGACACUGAAGAUCAAAUUGACGAUGAACAUCCUGCUAGUCUGCUCCGAUUCGAUAAUCCACCGAAGACUCCGGAUGUGGAUCUGAGUCAAAUCGGCAAACCAUUGUCAGAUACGUUGAAUAGCAGCUCUUCGGCGCCGAAUUCUGCAAAGAAGGACGAUAAGCUUGAAGUUCCUGACACACCUGGCAAAAAUGUACCGAUUGUGACUAGCUCGCCGUCAACAUCAACAUCUCAGAGUACUUCUAUAUCGACAGCCAUAGUUAGUACAACGACCACAUCUGCACCAAUCGCUAGCAUUGCUCCAGCGAUCGCAACUACUAGUGUAGCUAGCACGCCACAACCACCAGUGGUUGCUCCGGUACCUGCGAUAAUUGAUCAGCAGAAAAUGUUACCGUCGGCUAUUAGUUCAGGAGUUCAGGAAACACAUACGAAACUAGUGAACACGACACCUCCGGUCACGAAACAAAUCUCGGUGACGACAUCGCCAGCCUUGCCAGUGCAAAGCAAACCGACCCCAGUUGUUAUACAGAAAACAACGGUUGUAAAUCAACCACCGAUGGUUGGUAAUCUACCACAGAUUCGACCGCAAGUGGUGAUGCAGGCACCUCCAACGAUAACGAUCCCCGAGCAACAUGCUGUGUAUCAAACGAUGGACGCAAUGAUGUCUCCCAGAGGACUAUGUGGUAACGAUCCCAGAAUGCAAUCCCCCAAAUUGCAACAUCAGCCACUAUCACCGUUCUCGAGAACUUCGUCCCCGACUGCUACUAGUCCAAACCUACUGAGACCCCAGGUAAUGAUUCAAAACCGACAACCUGCUCAGUUGAGUCCAGUAGUUGGCCCUCAUCAAAUGGCUGUCCAUUCGCCAGGCAGUCAUGUUGUAGUUUCCUCUCCAAGUCCCACCAAUCAGUCUGUUCCGAAACCCGUGCAAAUGGUACAAUCUGGCAGCACACCAUCCCGAUUCCCUGUGGCAAUGGGACAAGUCAAAACACCACCAUUAUUGCAGAAACCAAAUGAACAACCACAACUAGCAAAGCCUAAUCUGGCUACAUUCACUAACCUGGGUAUGGCUUCUGGGGUACGCGUUGUGACAACUAGCACAUCAUCUAUGCCAACGCUCGGAAAUGAAAACCCACCGAUUUCGACUGUUGGAACGAAGCCUGUGGUAAGCACAACUCCAAUGCCUGUGUCUACUGGCUAUGUUAUACACCCUAACACUAAACCUCUGGACUCUGUUCCAAAGGCUCCACCGGGAACACCAACGAAAACCAUCAUUCAUCAGCAACCGGUAUACCUUCAGCAUCCUAUCAAACAAUUCAUGCCACAACAACCCGUUUCGCAAAUGGGAAUGAGUCAACAACCGAAUCGUCUGUCACAACCUGUGCUUACACCAGUAAGUAACGUUAUCAUCGCAAAGCCACAAGAUUCAAAAUCCCAGAAUACUAUUUCUACCAUCACUUCAAAUCCAAACCACCAGGUGCUACCCUCUGGUAUGAGUUUGCAAUCAGAUAACCCUCUGUCAGUCGCUAAGAGUAGUUCAGAUAAGUUAGUCGAACCGAAGGACAAGUUGUCGUCUCUGGACGAGAAAGAUCGGGCUCUUCCGACUGGCUUAGCUAGCACAGUGCUACAUCAACCUGUAAUGAAACUCGAAACUCCGGCACCAAUUGACGAAUCCGCAAGAUCUUUGCUCACCGAAGAGAAUGUCGCAAAGAUUCCUGACAACUCCAGUGUAUCAAGUGUUCUGGAUAUCGAUCCGGAAGAUCAGGAGGCGGACUCUAAAGAAGACAGUGACUACUGGUCUUCUAAGGAUACUAUCAUCGAUUCGGUGAUCAAGAAAGUUGAUGCGCUCUGUUCCGAGGACGACAUUUCGGAAGGUGGCUCUGAAAUCAACAAAGAAGAAUGGAACAAAGCCGACGACAAAGCCAAAACUGUUGAAAAAGCACCACUUUUGAAUGUAUUAAGCACAUCUGGAACUCAAGGUUUGGAACUACCCAAAGCAGAAGAAAAGAAGCUGGAACCUACUACCUGCAUCAGUACGAUUCCGUCGACUAUUCCUGUUCCGUUGACGCCAAUAGUAACCAUGGCGCAAACACCUUCAUCUGCCUCAGAGCCUAUCACGACUUCACCGGAAGAUGAUGAUACAGAAACAAGAUCAACCGAAAGCACUCCCCCUAAUCGAGGAGGGAAGCGUGGAGGUCGACGUGGAGGACGAAAGACAUCGGAAAGCCUAUCAACACCAGUCAAACCGUUGGUUCCGGAGAAGAUGCCUGAAAUGGAUUUAGGGACGCCAUCGAAGCGAGGCGGAAAGGCAGGUUCGAAACGUAGCAGAGGUGCAGCAAGAGGUGGUGCUGUGAGAGGAGGAGCGUCCAAUGUCCAACCUUUGGUAAUGGCAGGCGGAAAAGGCAAACAUGCAAGCACCGGAUCGGAUGUCUAUGAAUUCCAUGAUGAUUCUGGUGAAGAAGUCACCGGCAGCGACAAACAACAGGCGGAUGGAUCGCGUCCAAGGCUGAUCCUUACGAUCAAAGGUACUACUGCAAGUCCAACUCCGAGCACCAGUACCGCUCCGGUCGUUGUUACAUCUGCUCCGAUCAUACUGCCCACCAUGACCACUGUCGGAACUAUCAGUACUCCGUCGGCACAGCUACAACCAACAACUUCCUGCCCAGCUCCCCAACCACCGCUGGAAAUGCAAACUAUCCCUGCACCAGCUGUAGAUGCUUCAAAGGAGGAAUUCAUUCAUCCAACUUCAGGAAACACUCGCAAGUCGCGUCGCUUGCUGGAGAAAGACGGACGUACCACUGUGGAUGACAUCAUAGACGAUGUAAUUCGUAAUGGUCCAUCAUCAUGUGUAAUGCCGAGUGUACCUGCCCAACUACCAUCCCAGCCACCGACACAAAUGAUCCUGCAGCAGUUCCAGCCACAACAUGUGGUGAACCAGGUCAACCAGAUCAUGUCACCAGCGCAGCCACAAAUUGUGCAGAUGCAACAGCAUCCAACCGGUCCAAAUGAUCUUCCCGGUCCAGCUGGAAGAAGGAAUGCAAGGCACAAUGCAACCCCUGCAAAUGCUAUGGGUCCUGAUGCUCGUAAAUCUCCUCGUGCACCACGUAAAGGAAAGGAUCGCAAGAUAUCGGAAACAUCUAACGACAGUAACGAUGAACGAUCAAUGAGCUUACCAAGGCCAGGACAGAUGGACGGCAAAGUUGAAGAAGCCUCUGUCUCUGGUACUUUGUCUGCCACAACACCGAUAACACCGAGUGUCUCUGUAACGCGACCUAACGAGAUGGCCUCGUUGGCAGAUAAAUCUAAAGAGAAGCCUAAAUCUGCCGAUGAUGUUAAGAUGGAGCUUGAUCCAGCCACUGGUGAGCUUACUGUGACUCGACCAGGGAAAGAGGGUCAAUACUUGGUCAUGCCAAACGCUCCACAACCUCUAAAAAAGGUCAUAGCAGCGGCAGCAAAUGCGGCUCAAAAUGCAGUUGAACACCUCAAAUCAUCUCCUACUCCACCGAUCUCUGCUUCUGCAUCGCCCAUCCCUAACAGGACUCCUACACCUGGGUCUGCACCUUCACCUGGAAUGACGAGGGUUCCAACACCUAACACUAUGGUUAAUCCACACCCUACUCAGCAAAUGGAAGCCCAGAAGUUGUCUGCUGCAACAUUGGCGAAGCAAAGCACGCAAUUGCCAUCGAACAUUCCAGCGCCCACUGGAAUUGUACCAUCACCGCAUGGCAAUCCUGGAGCCGUUCUCAUACAACACACGGUGGGUCAAGGAAUGCCACAACCUCCAACAAUCCUACAGCAGGGUCCCCAUAAUAAGCCUCAUUCAUUGAAGGCACAUGUUUUGAGUUCGCAACAGAUCAUAAGUCAGCAUCCUCAGCCAGGAAAACCGAUUUACCCACCAUCUACACAGUCGCAACCUCAGAUUGUGUACAAAUCGGUCAUCCCACAACAACCGGGUUCGGUUUCUGGUGCUAUCCAUACCACCACCGGCAAACAGAUCCAUCCCAGUACCAACAUGAAACUCCCUCCUCAGGGCAUGCCUACUCAAGGUAUUUCCCAGCAUCCUGGACCUCAGCAGAUAAUCAUUCAAAAUCCAAUGCCCCAACAACAAAUGACAAUCAACAAGCACACGAUCAUUAACAAAGCUGGACCACCACAGCAGCAGGGACAUCCCUCAGCCGUACAUCAUCCACCAGGAAGCGGAAAUCUGCUGAUCAAUAUUCCUCCUAAUCUCCAGCAAAUGGGCAAUAUUCCCAUGUCUCCGAGAAUGCCCCAUCACGUGGUUGUUACCAACAGCAAAGGUCAGCCGGGACAAAUGCAGUCUCAACAAUCUCAUUCCCCUCAAAUCAUCCACAAACAAACCAAUCAACCGCCACAACCAGGUCAGCAAGGACCGCCUGGUGGCCCUCAGCAAAUCAUUAUCCACAGCAGCAAAGCACCACCAGGUCACCAUCAAAUCCCUGCCGGAUAUACUACUGUGUUGCAAACUGGAGGUAAAAUCAUCCAUCAAGGUCCUGUUCAACUCGCAGGACCAGGCCAACCCCAACAACCGCAGCCAGGCAUACUUGGAAAGCAACAAACGCAAACCAUCCAAAUCUCCAGUGCUAGUGGAGUUCCAAUCCACUAUCAACAACAGCCAAUCCAAAGUCAGCCUACGGUGGUCCACAAAACCGUUACAACCGUUCAUGGCAAUCAACACAUCAAGAUACAACAGCACAAAGUUGGUCCGGAAGCCGUUGGUCAUAUGCAUGUUGGUGGAAAGCAUCCAGUUGGUUCGGUAGGAACGAAAAUACCUCUCCAACAGCAGCAACAAAUGCAACCAGUCGGAAUGAUGAAACCGAACCACAUAACAACCGGACCUGUGGCAACGAUCAGUGUCAACCAACAGCAGCAGCAAACUGCUCCGCCACCCUCUCCAUCGCAGCUGGUAACCAUUCAGCCAGGCAAAGGAGUGUCCCCUCACUUGCAUGCCCAACCGCAGAUCCUAACCGGUGCCGUUGCAAGUCCUCCGCUGAAGCAACCACACAUGCAGAGUCAACAGCCGAUUGUAACGGGUGCGAGCAGUUCGCGUGUAGCAUUGCCACCGAUCAGUCCGCAGGGACAACCUGGUCAGCAACCGCCACCGCCGGCGUCCCAUAUGCGACAUGUACAACAGCCCGGCGGGUUGAUUGUGCCGUCACAGGUGACCUACGAAUCCAACCAGCACGGAGAUUUGGUGGCAGGGUUCAUCGCUCGGGGCCAAAGUCCUCCACCAGCACAUCAGCAGCAAACGUCGCCCAUUACACCGGUACUUAAUGAUCCAUCCUUCCGUGGCGGAAUGCCUCGAGAAUAUACCAAGUACAUGUAUAGCAGAGGAAACAUCCACAUACCGAGUAGCAGGUCCCCAAUGUUGCCAGGGUCUGUGGAUCAGCGUGAGUUGUCCGAAAUGGAAGAAAGUGUGGCAGCGAGUCCGCCACUCGAAUUGCGGCGUCCAGCAAGUGGUCCACGUGUCCAAGUAACGACUGCCGUACCGAGCAGUUUGCAGAGUCCUGGAGAUCGUUCCACAGAUUCACCACAAGUGGCACAAGUGUACAUCGGAAGUGCUCGUGUUCCACACAACUAUUCGGAUUCACUCACCCGCUUCUACGAUCCGGCAGCUGGGCCGAACGCUCCUCCGCGUGCAUUGAGUGCUGAACCACCACCAGCACAUCGACCUCACAGCUUGAUCAACACCGGAGCAGGAUUCCCUCCGGGAUCCUACCCGGGAACUCCCAGCCAGACACCGCCUCCAGCGUCACCUGCUAAUCUCGCUCAAAUCCAGCAGCAGCGUGAUCAACAGCAACAGUCUCAACAGCAGCAGCAACAGCGCGAUCGUGUCACUCUGACAGGUCACGCAGCGGUCGCUCCGGUAUCCGGUGCCCCGUUGCCCGCCCAUAGUGGAAGCUUGCCGGCUUCGCUAAGCCAACAGCAACCACAAUCCCAACCGCAACAACAGCCACCACCUGCUGCUGCUGGACGAAACCUACAGGCCGCGACUCCACCGAUCGGAGGAGCCGCCGCCGCUCAGAUGCCGUCUGCUGGUCCGCCAGCACCGGCACAAAGUGACUCGCUGGAGGCACUGCUGCAACGCUAUCCGGUCAUGUGGCAAGGAUUGCUAGCGCUGAAGAACGACCAGGCGGCCGUGCAGAUGCACUUUGUGCAUGGCAAUCCAGGCGUAGCAGGAAGUUCACUGCCGAGCAAUAGCGAUGGCACGACACCUCCGCUACGGAUUGCUCAGCGAAUGCGGCUCGAACCAGCGCAGAUCGACGGCGUCGCGCGGAAGAUGCAAAUGGAUCAAGAGCACUGCAUGCUCCUGGCGCUUCCGUGCGGCCGCGACCGGAUGGACGUGCUCCAGCAGCAGAACAACCUGCAGACCGGCUUCAUCACCUACCUACAGCAGAAACAGGCCGCCGGCAUUGUGAACAUUGCCGCCCCGGGCAGUUCGCAGGCGGCCUACGUCGUACACAUCUUCCCGUCGUGCGAGUUUGCCAACGAGAACCUGGCGCGUAUCGCACCGGACCUGAUGCACCGGGUGGCCAACAUUCAGUACCUGCUGAUUGUGAUUGCCACCGUGUAGGAAAACGAAGGUGAGUACGACCCCGGAUAUGACUGAACACCCGGAUUUGACAGACGCAAAUCGUACCACCCAUCCGCAAGACGAGGUGGUGCGUUUCAUGGAAGAGGAUGUGAAAUGAUCUCAUUAAGAUUACACGGAAUAAAUAUUAGUAGUAAGCUGCUACCUGCUAGAGAGGAAAGUUUAGUGAACCGGAGUCACGUUAGCGCUCUAGCGCAGUGAUAAUCGAUAAGGUUUUAAAUUGCAGUGUAGGAUACAAGGAGGUUACUUAGAGAGUUUGUGAGACAGGAUUAGGGAAAAGGCAGUAGAAAUAGUGCGUUGAGAGCAUAAGUUGUUGAGUAAUAUGGUAAGAAAUGAGCAAGAAAGUGGUACAUUAUAGGGACUUAUUAUUAAGUGGUUGAAUAAUCUUAACGACAGAAAAGAGCGAAACUACCCGACUAAGAAGAAAAAAAAAUACAAUCGAUUGGUCCGAGCUGCGCAGCUUACAUGUUCGUAGUUGCUUUCGAUGCGACGAAAAUACACGCAUAGGAAGAGGAUGAAGAAAGUUUAUGUGACAACUGUGAUUUUGAUCAUAAUUUUUAAGUAUUAUGAACUUUUUAUACCGUAAACUGCAAAACUAAGCAACUGAUUAAAAAAAAGGGAGAAAUCGCGUGUAAUAGACGUCUAACGACACAUGUUGAGUAAAUUACGAGUAACUCUACUGAGUCCCGCUCUUGAGUUUUUUUUUUGUUGGGCAAUGUCCCAAAUACAUCGGAGGAUGGAAAACUGAAACUGAAAGAGAUUUUUGUACAUGCUGGUAAAAUGAGCGCAAGAGGAGAGUAUGGAUUUAUCUUUCCUCGUCUCAUUCCCCCUAAUUUAUUGAAUUAUUGUUUUCCUUUUCUGUUGACAGGUGUGUAAAAUAGGUACUUUUUAGUUUUUUUUUUCAUUCCCGUAGAGGAAACGAUUUGUACGAUAUAUUGGAUAGAAGAGUUGAAGGCGGAGCUGUCGUAAAAUAUUUAUAACGUGUAAAUACAUAGAGCAGAAGUAAUUGUUGAAGCUUAAAUAGUAGUUUUACACUAAUAACUUGAAAACGACGACGAUGAAGAAGAACACAAGAAGAAGAAGAAUAAGAAGAAGAAGAAGUAUAAAACGAGGAUAAAAUGUAAAAAUAAAUAUUUCAUAUAAGCUAACUGGUAAACAAUUCAAUGUAGGUCUCAUGAACUGUUUCUGACGAAGAAGAGAUAAGCAUACAGCAAUGCUCGCAGAAAUUGCGCAUGCAUUGUCGGAAAAGUAAACGAUAAAGAAUAGGCGAUAAGUUUCCUAAAAUUGAAGUUAUUGUUUUAUUUUAAAGAAACUAACUUAAGGCUAGUACUACGUGUAGUUCACACAUACACACCCACAUUUGUGUAAAUAUAAUCUUAAAAUAUGGCGUUGCAAAAAUGCCAAGAAACAUCGGAGAAUAAUGCUGUUUUAGAAGUCUACUGUGGUAAGAUCCUAAAUCUAAAAUAUUUACGCAAAAUUCUUGUUUGUACAUAGAACGCUGAUUAUGAUACAAGCAACAAUCACCAGCACUUUAAACUGUGGUGUGGUGAUGAAAAAUGACACAACACGAGCAAAUAUUUUGCCGCAGUCAUUUGUUCUAUCGAUUGAUUUGUCUCCUGGAUGAAUACCUAGGUUUUGUGAUGUCGCGAGUUAACGCUGCCACAUACACACACAUACAUACACACAUACACACGUGUCCUGCCCAUGGUUGUGAGCCGCGCCUAUUUGCAGAUAAGUUUUACUUUUAAUUGACAAAGUGCACAAUUUGUUGAUAUGCGGGAAGACUUUCGGCAGCUUCUGUAACGUUUUUCAUCCCAACUGUGUUUCGUUGGAGCGCGACACGUGAUCCCAGCACUACUUCACGUGUCAUCACUCGGCGAAUGCAUUGUUCUUCUACACCAACAGAAACAUUCUUUCGAUUCGUACGUUUGUGUCGGUUAAAAUUCUUUAGGCGGAAAGAUAAAUUGCUCAUUAGAUUGGUAGGGUGGGGUAGGCUUUACUUCCACCGUUUAAAGUAAAAAGAUGAUAGCAUACUUUAACAACUCACACACCCGUUAGAGAAACCCAAUUCUGGAAACGCGUUGUAAGUUGGAAAAGGAAAUCUAUUUAGAUAGCAAAAUUAUGUGUAUGUGAACUGAAUGUGACACCUACAUGGGCGAGCAAACAUUUGAAUUGAGAAAAUGUUAGGCGAUCCGAUUGACAUAUAGCGCAUCAACGACAGGCAAAAGGCACACCAUAAUAGAAAGCUUAUGGAGAAUCCUUUUUGUGGAACAAGAAUCGUGACUACAAUGUGUUUCACAGAAAAAAUGAAAGUAAUCACCAAAAAUAAAAAAAUGUUAUAAAGAGAAGAUAAAAGCAACUACAAAAAUCAUUAAACUAAUAAUCAUUAAAAAAGAGUCAUCGAAGCAGCAGCGUUGAAUACGAUAAAACACAGACACACAAACACGCGUAGGGGAGAGCACUGUCACUCACGCGGUAGAACACAACACUGAAUAAUUCUACAUGUUAAAAAGGAGAAAAGAGAAAAAAAUAAGAAA